AUGACAACGGAGGACAGAAGCAGCCACAACGGUGGCAGAGCAAGACUGGGACUGACCUUCACUAUUGACUACCUCCUGUUCAAUAAAGGAGUCAAAGGUUCUAAAGAGGAGCCGGCAGGAUGUUGGACCGAAAUGCAGACGGCAUGCAACAUGCAGAAUCAUCAGAAUCCUAAACCUAAAGAGGUGAGGAUUCUCCCUGAGAUCGAGGGGACACAGUCAGGAGCAGAGGGCAAAGACAAGAAAGUCAAAGCAGAGGAGAGGUAUGAAGAGCAAAGAGAGGAGGGGGAGGAGGAGGUCACCAUCACCAAUUCUACCGGCAUCAGUUCAGAAACGUCUCUUGAUAAACCAAAUCAGUCCUACAUUGCACUCAUCUCGAAGGCAAUCCUGGCGUCAGAGGAGAAGAAACUGCUGCUGUGUGACAUCUACCAGUGGAUCAUGGACCACUACCCUUACUUCAAGAGUAAGGACAAAAACUGGAGGAACAGCGUGCGUCACAACUUGUCCCUGAAUGAUUGCUUCAUCAAAGCAGGCCGCAGUGACAACGGCAAAGGCCACUUCUGGGCUGUUCACCCAGCAAAUUUUCACGACUUUUCCAAUGGGGACUACCACUGCCGACGAGCGCGACGGAGGGCGCGUAGAGUGAUAGGACAGCACCACCUUACGCAGAGUGCCCCUUACUACCCCGUGCUGGCAUAUCCCCAUAGAACAUCCUGUUGGUGUUGCCCUGCACCGGCACACCCUCUAACCUGUUUGGCAACCAGACUCUACUGGCCAUGGCCCAGCGUGCAGGCACGAGAUGGGGUCCACCUGGGCCUGCACGGGCCUUCACCAUGA